AUGGGGAGCGAGGCUGAAAAGAUAUUCACUUCGUUCAACCUAAGUGAAGACGAAAAGAAAAGCUACGAGGCGGUGCUUAAGAAGUUUGACGAGUACUUUAUUCCCCGCCGCAACAUCAUACAUGAGCGGGCUUGUUUCUAUCAGCGCGGCCAGCAGCCCGGGGAAACGGCAGAGCAGUAUAUCCGUGUUUUGUACGAGGUGGCGGAGCAUUGCGAGUUUGGCGAUAAGCGGGAUGAGCACAUCAGAGAUCGCUUGGUAGUGGGCAUUCAAGAUAAAGAGCUGUCCCGUAAGUUCCAACUCAAAGCAGACCUGACGUUACAAGAGGUGACUGAACAAAUUCGCCAGGCAGAAGAGAUCAACAAGCACGUCAGCCUCCAGUCCAGCGCGCCAGAGGCCAUGGCGGUGAACAUGGUCCGGCGGCAGAGCGGACCUCACACGGACAGACCGGGGCGUUAUAGACCGCGCCAAGAUGCAAGCAGCCGGCAGGGAACAUACAAAAUGGAGGGCUGCGGGAAAUGCGAUGUUACAGUCGUCAAUCAGAGCACAUACAAGAUGAUGAAGCCAAAAAUUGAGCUGCAACUACCAAACACCAGGUUUGUGAGUCCAGGCGGAGAUCUCAAAUGCAUGGGGCUGUUCCAGGCUACCACCAAGUAUAAAGAGCAGCAGUACACGUUCAAUGUUUAUGUCAUAGAAGGGAAAGUCAGCUGCUUACUGGGGCGCCAUGAGGCAGUGGAGAUGGGCCUUGUGAUAAGAGUGAACGAGGUCAGUACUGUUUUCAGCUCAGGUGGACUGCUGGACACAGAGCCAGUGAAGAUAGUUCUACAAGAGGGUGCCCAGCCAUAUGCAGUACAUACAGCCAGACGGAUUCCCCUGCCCCUCGUCCCUCUGGUAAAGAAGGAGCUGCACCGAAUGGAAAGCGAAGGCAUCAUUGAAAAGGACAACCUGAAACCAGGCUGGCCUGAUAUGGACAAAAUCCAACAGGCUGAUGCCUCAGCUAAACAGAAGCAGGCACACUUCUACAACCGCAGACACGGAGUGCGUUGUCUGCCACCACUGAGCCCAGGGGACCCUGUGCUCACUAAACUGGAUGGACAAAAUGGACAAUGGACGAGGCCAGCUGUCAUUCAAGGUACCAGCUCCACUCCCAGGUCUUAUAUAGUGGAGACUGCACAGGGUGAGCGCUACAGGAGGAAUAGGCGCCACCUGCUAGCCGUACCUCACAGGGCCACACCUGAAAAUGUGGAUCCUGUUGCAAACUCACAGACUGUGGACUCUGAGAUGACCAACAAGGAGCCCGCAGUUAUUACACCAGAGACUGUUACAUCCGGAUCCGGGAUGACUCGCUCUGGUAGAGUUAGCAGACCAGCAGCUAAACUUGACUUGUAA